AUGCCGUCAAUCGAAGCACGUAUCAACUCACCGCCCGUCUUCGACAUGGAGCUUGACGACCCCUUCACCAUCACCAUUGAACUCAUCCUCCAUCAUCACUCAGGCGUCACGUUCCGAACCAACGAGAUACCUCUUUUCAACGGCAGAGUCAUGAACGAAGGUGGCUUAACUUUCACUAACACCGCGACCGGUAUCGAAACUCCCCGAAAUACCAUUUUCUUUUGUGGCCCAGGUCCUGAAGGACCAUUGCGGGUGGCCAUUGAAACUAGUUUCACCUCCCUGCGCCCAGGAGAAAAGCACAUCAUAGAGGGGAAGAUGCAUCGUAUGUAUAUGUCUUUCGAUUGUGGGCCGAACACCAGUCCUGAAGCCAUCAAGGCGGCAAUCAAGAAGCGGCCAAGAAUUUGGGAUUGGCGGCAUGCGGAGAACCUCGAGGAAGGGAGCACGUACAGAAUCGGAAUCGACCAGGAGAACACUAUCAAAAGAUGGUUGGAGGGUAGCAAGGAGGAACUUCUUUCUAAGCCUUUGACGGAAAGGACUGACGAUAUGAUGAAGUUGGAGCCAAUCUUCUUUCAUGUAACCCACCCAGCCGAGUUCAUCGUGAAGAACUCGAAGUAG